CAUAGAGGCAGGGGAAAUGUCUCUUCCAAGAUUGUUUUUGGGAGAAUUGAUCAAUGAAGACAUCCAGACCUGGAAAUCUCUGUGUUGGCAAGAAAUAAACAUCAGAACAAAUGAUAAUUCCGUAUCAAUCAAUGAAUCAAGCAGAAAAUUAUGGAAUCAAGAUUAUUUUACUUUGACAUUUCCCAAACCACUCCAGCCAGGUAGAAAAAAGAGAUCAAGACCUUCACAAUCACAAAUCUCAGUUCCUAGACACGACAAAAAAAAAUUAGAAGAAGUUCAGAAGCCAGAUUAUAUAAGGAUAAGGCAUUCUUUAAAAAAAAUUUCCCAAAGGCCAUCUGUUUAUUUAACUGUCAGGAGACAGGCUCCAUUCAGAAAUCCUUAUACUCUUAAAGCCCGUACAGAAUAUGGAGAAUCUAAAAAGUCCAAAGAUGACAAAAAAGGAAGAACUUUGCAGAGAAAUUCCAAGAAAAACAAAGGCCCACAUGAAACAACUACAGAAUCUAAAAUGGUAAAUGAUGAGAAACUUAAAAGAGGAAAUAAAGCAGAUAAAACUCCAUCAAAAUUAUCACGUAAAAGUGAACUAUCUAAGGAUUCAAAGUCCAAAUUAGAAAUAAACCCAGAAUCCAGUGAUUUUAAAGCAGUCUCGAUGUAUCCAAAAAAAGAUAAGAGAGAUUCGAAGAAUUCCAUGGAGACAGAUAACAAAUUCAUAUGUGCAAAGAAGGAUUCUAAAGACUCAAAGAACAAUUCUGAUGCCAGAUCACAGACUUGUUCAAAAAAUAGUUCAAAUAUGGAUUUCAUACUGUAUUUAGAGGAGUCUGGUGCUGAAUCUAUGAAAUGUGAUAUGUGGUUAAAGAAUUACUCUCAGAAUAAUUCAAAGAAGCCUUCAAAGGACACAAAAAAGGAUGCAAAGAAUAGCUCUGAUGCUGAAUCUGUAGACUCAAAAGAUGCAAAGAAAGAUAAGAAAGGUCCAAAGAAAGAGAAGAAGGAUGCAAAAAAAGACACAGAGACUACCGAUGCAGAAUCUGCAGACUCAAAGGAUGCAAAGAAAGAUUCAAAGAAGGCUAAGAAAGAUGCAAAGAAAAGUGACAAUAAAAAGGAUACAAAGAAGGAUGAAGUGUCUACUGAUACCGAAACUGAGUCUGAAUUGGAGACAAAGAAUUGGAAGAAAGAUGAAAAGAAGGAUAAGAAAGAUUCAAAAAAAGAUGACAAGAAAAAGGAUGCCAAGAAGGACGUAGUGUCUACUGAUGCUGAUUCUGAAUCUGAAUGGGAUUCCAAAAAGGAUAAAAAAGAUGAAAAAAAGUAUAAGAGAAAUUCAAAGAAAGAUGACAAAAAUAAGUUUGCAAUGAAGUCUGAAGAGUCUACUGAAACUGAAUCUGAUUGGGAGUCAAAGAAGGAUAAGUAUGAUUCAAAGAAGACAAAGAAAGAUUCAAAGAAAGAUGCCAAGAAACAGGAUGCAAAGAAGGGCAUAGAGUCUACUGAUUCAGAAUCUGAUGAAUCUUCCAAGAAAGACUCAAGGAAGCCUGAGACAUUCAAAAUUUCAGAUGCUGAAUCUGAAGAGUCACUAUAUAAACUUGGGGCUAAAAAGAGAGUUGCUGAUGAAUCAGAUGCCACAUCUACCGAUUCAAAGAAGGAAGCACUGGAACUAAAGAGAGAAUUCAAAAUGUCAUCCAAAAAGACUACAUUCAAAGAAAAAGGAAAAAAAGCAGGUACAGGUAGAGUCCCUCCAUCAAGAGAAAGACCACCACUACCUCCUUGUGAGCCUUUGCUACCAUCACCCAAGAUCAAACGUCUCUGUCGGUGCAAGAUGCCCCCUGCACCUCUAAAACCAAGAUAUGCUCCUUUGCCUGAAGCAAAGUGGAUUCAUAAGCUGCUUUAAAAAACAACUGAGCACUUGGUUUCACAGAAUGGCCUUACCACAGUAAAUACUGGCUACUCUCAGGUGAGCAUUUCUACUUCUGUGGAACUGUAAUAAAUAAA